AACCUCUGCAAUCAUGCUAAAGUGUUUACUAAACCCAGGACCCUGCAUUCACUAUAUCUGCUCUCCCAGGACCCUGCAUUCACUAUAUCUGCUCUCCCAGGACCCUGCAUUCACUAUAUCAGGUCUCCCUGGACCCUGCAUUCACUAUAUCUGGUCUCCCUGGACCCUGCAUUCACUAUAUCUGCUCUCCCUGGACCCUGCAUUCACUAUAUCUGCUCUCCCCGGACCCUGCAUUCACUAUAUCUGCUCUCCCAGGACCCUGCAUUCACUAUAUCUGCUCUCCCAGGACCCUGCAUUCACUAUAUCUGCUCUCCCAGGACCGUGCAUUCACUAUAUCUGCUCUCCCUGGACCCUGCAUUCACUAUAUCUGCUCUCCCAGGACCCUGCAUUCACUAUAUCUGCUCUCCCCGGACCCUGCAUUCACUAUAUCUGCUCUCCCAGGACCCUGCAUUCACUAUAU